UCCCCUUGCAAAAUGACGUGUCAAGCCUAACUUCCGCCUAUGUGUUAUUAGUAUAGCUGGAAGAAGUUGCUUCAUAAAUUUUUAACGAUUUGGGUAAUUAUAGAAACCUUAAAUUACUAUAGAGUCUAGAAAUAUAAAAGCCAGGAUUACGUAGUGUAAGCAACACUAUGGCUACAUAUCAAGAAUUCAUUCAGCAGAAUGAAGACAGAGAUGGCAUUCGCUUCAGUUGGAAUGUUUGGCCUUCAAGCCGUCUGGAGGCAACUAGGAUGGUUGUGCCCCUUGGGGCUAUUUUUACACCCCUGAAAGAAAGAGCUGAUCUACCGCCCAUCCAAUAUGACCCAGUUCUCUGUACUCGAACAACUUGUCGCGCUAUUCUAAAUCCAUUUUGUCAAAUUGAUUACAGAGCUAAGAUGUGGACCUGUAACUUCUGCUACCAAAGAAACCCUUUUCCACCCCAGUACACAGCUAUUUCAGAGCAGCAUCAACCAGCUGAAAUCAUACCACAGUUUUCAACUUUAGAAUAUACCAUUACUAGAGCUACUUGCCACCCUCCAAUAUUUCUACUGGUUGUUGAUACUUGCUUUCCAGAAGAUGAAGAUUUGCAAGGACUGAAGGAAUCACUUCAAAUGUCUCUAAGUUUACUGCCCCCGAAUGCCCUGAUUGGUCUCAUCACUUAUGGCAAAAUGGUACAAGUUCACGAGCUUGGAAGUGAAGGAGUUUCCAAAUCAUAUGUCUUCAGGGGCACUAAGGAGCUGACAGCUAAACAAAUUCAGGAGAUGCUUGGUAUUGGCCGUGGUGCCCAGGCUCAACCCCAGCAGCAGCAGAGAGGUGGAGCACCGGGGAACCAGCAGCAUCCGCAGCUUCCAUCAAACAGAUUCUUGCAGCCUGUCCAUAAGUGUGACAUGAGCCUGACAGAUCUACUUGGUGAGCUCCAGCGUGACCCUUGGCCAGUUGCCCAGGGCAAAAGGCCAUUACGUUCUGUUGGGGCUGCCCUCUCCAUUGCUGUUGGAUUGCUAGAGUGUACUUUUCCAAAUACUGGUGCUCGUAUUAUGCUGUUUAUGGGAGGACCAUGUACCCAGGGUCCUGGCAUGGUCGUAGACGAUGAGCUCAAGCACCCAAUCAGAUCCCAUCAUGAUAUUGAAAAAGAUAAUUGUAAAUACAUGAAGAAGGCAAUGAAGCAUUAUGAAUCACUAGCUAACAGAGCUGCAGCCAAUGGUCAUGUUAUAGACAUUUAUGCCUGCGCCCUUGAUCAAACGGGUCUUCAUGAAAUGAAGUUCUGUCCGACAUAUACUGGUGGCCACAUGGUGAUGGGAGACUCUUUUAACACUUCCUUGUUCAAGCAGACAUUCCAGAGAGUGUUUGCCAAGGACCAGAAGUCAGAGUUCAAGAUGGCAUUUGGUGCUACAUUAGAGAUCAAAACUUCCAGAGAAUUAAAAGUUUCAGGAGCUAUAGGCCCUUGUGUGUCUCUAGCAGUAAAAGGUCCAUCAGUUUCUGAUACAGAGAUAGGUCUUGGAGGAACUUGUCAAUGGAAGCUUUGUGGGCUCUAUCCUAACACAUCUUUAGCUGUUUGCUUUGAAGUUGUCAAUCAGCACAAUGCACCCAUACCUCAGGGAGGUCGGGGUUACAUUCAGUUUAUUACACAAUAUCAGCACUCAAGUGGAGAGAGAAGAGUUCGUGUAUCAACAGUUGCUAGGAGCUGGGCUGAUGCCAGUGCAAACAUUCAACACAUUUCUGCUGGGUUUGACCAGGAAGCUGCUGCAGUGAUGAUGGCAAGGAUAGCUGUGUAUAGAGCAGAAACAGAUGAUGGUCCAGAUGUCCUUAGAUGGCUUGAUAGAAUGCUCAUUCGAUUGUGCCAGAAGUUUGGAGACUACAAUAAAGAUGACCCGAACUCUUUCAGGUUCACUGAGAACUUUUCAUUGUACCCGCAAUUUAUGUUUCAUCUUAGAAGAUCACAGUUUUUGCAAGUGUUUAAUAACAGCCCUGAUGAAACAUCAUAUUAUAGGCAUAUGUUGAAUGUUGAAGAUCUGACACAAUCAUUAAUCAUGAUACAGCCAAUACUUUAUUCUUAUUCGUUUCAUGGACCACCAGAACCAGUCUUACUGGACAGCAGCAGUCUUCAAGCAGAUAAAAUUUUACUUAUGGAUACAUUUUUCCAUAUUUUAAUUUAUCAUGGAGAGACUAUAGCUCAGUGGAAAUCUCAAGGGUACCAUGAGAUGCCAGAGUAUGAGAACCUGAAACAGCUGCUGCAGGCUCCUUUAGAUGAUGCCCAGGAGAUAUUACAGACUAGGUUCCCAAUGCCCAGAUAUAUAGUCACAGAGGCUGGGGCUUCACAGGCUAGAUUCCUUCUAUCUAAAGUGAAUCCAUCACAAACACAUAACAACAUGUAUGGCUUCGGUGGACAGCUAAUCAUGAGUGGUGGCCCUGGACAUGAGACUGGACAGGAAGGCUCUGUUCCAGUUUUGACGGAUGAUGUCAGCCUCCAAGUUUUCAUGGACCACCUUAAGAAACUGGCUGUAUCCAGUUCUUCCUGAAAUGAGUCGAUCCCUCUAGUUGCCCAUAACCUUCCUGCACCAGUUUUGGCACCAGUCAAGCAUGAAAUAGAACUAAGAGCCCGUGCAGUAACUCUGAUAUAAAAUUAGGGCUUUAAGUUGUUUUUUUGUUCAAUUCAAACAUUAUUUUUAAAAUGGGUUUUAAAAUUUUAAAAAAAAAAGGACACAAAAAAAGUUUAUGAACCAACUGGCCAUUAAAGUCUUUUUAAUUAUUUUUUUCCUUGUAUACAUCUUUAUUUAUUUAUUUUGUUUCUGUUGGGUAAAAUUUGGAUGGAAAUUUAUUUUUUGUGUGUGAUAUCAAACUAAAGUUUGUUAAUGGAAUGUUUUUAGAAGAAAUGUGAUACAUGACGGGAUGGCUGGGUUUAUUGAUGAUCAAACUUGUGCAUUGAUCAUUUUGUAUUAAUUAUUGACUAACAUCCAUUUGACUUUUGUUAACAAUUCUCAUUUUGUAUAUGUUCUAGGCUGAGAUUUAGUUUGUCAAAUAUUUUUUGUUGUUGAGUAUAAUAUUAAGUUGAAUCAGGAUUUGAUUUUGAAGGAAUGAUUUUGCAUCAUAAAAAUCUUUCAUCUGACAUCUUUAAAUGUUUUCUUGAGACAGCGAUGGGAGUUAGAGGGAUCCUAGUUUGUAUACCAUACUGUCUAGCCUUUCUUAGCCCGCUCCUUCAAUCUUAGUGGUUGGAUUGCAAUGGAACUUCAAACUUUAUCAUUGUAUAGGAGGGGGGGCUAAGCUAGUCUAGAUUAAACUUAUAGUAGACGUUCAUUAGUUUCUUUGCAUGCAAAAAAAGUUUCUCGCCCUUAGUGCUAUGUAAACAUCAUCUGGUUUGUUAUCAAUAAUUUAUUCAUACAUUAAAAACAUUUUGUAAUAACACUGACAUGUCCAGGCAAGAAAACCUGAGUGAUCUCCCCUCUCACUGUAACAUUAGUUUUAGAACCUAGUCAUGAGCCAUCUGUCUGGCGCCAUUUUGUAAAUGAAACAUUUAGAAUGACAUUCUACACAAUUUACACACUAUUCAAUAAAUUGUAUGUUAUUAUUAUGCCUGCUAAA